AGAAGGCCCCUCCUCGGAGGGAGGGGCUGAGGCUCGGGGACCUCGUUCUCUAGAAGUCGCAGCACUGGAUGCCAGAACUCAGUUCUGUGCGGCUUCUUUGGCCGUGGCCAGGUAUCCAAAGCAGGUGCCACUCCCCCCGUGGUCCCCAGCCCCGUCUGCUGUCCUCGCGAGUGCCCCGCGCGCCACCCACCCACCCAGCCAUGUCGUCCUGCAGCCGCGUGGCGCUGGUGACCGGAGCCAACAAGGGCAUCGGCUUCGCCAUCGCACGGGAACUGUGCCGGCAGUUCUCCGGGGACGUGGUGCUCACGGCGCGGGACGCGGCGCGGGGCCGGGCGGCCGUGCAGCAGCUGCAGGCCGAGGGCCUGAGCCCGCGCUUCCACCAGCUGGACAUCGACGACCUGCAGAGCAUCCGCGCCCUGCGCGACUUCCUGCUCAAGGAGUACGGGGGCCUCAACGUGCUGGUCAACAACGCGGGCAUCGCCUUCAAGACUGACGAUCCCACGCCCUUUGACAUUCAAGCUGAGGUGACACUGAAGACAAACUUUUUUGCCACAAGAAAUGUCUGCACCGAAUUACUGCCAAUAAUAAAGCCUCACGGCAGAGUGGUGAAUAUCAGUAGUCGCGUGGGUACAAAUGCUCUUGAAAACUGCAGCGAAAAUCUGCAGGAGAAAUUUCGAUGUGAGACACUUACAGAGGAGGACCUGGUGGACCUCAUGAAAAAGUUUGUGGAGGAUACAAAAAAUGAAGUGCAUGAGAGGGAAGGCUGGCCUAACUCGGCGUACGGGGUGUCCAAGUUGGGGGUCACAGUUUUAUCGAGAAUCCUGGCCCGACGUCUGGAUGAGAAGAGAAAAGCGGACAGGAUUCUGCUCAAUGCAUGCUGCCCUGGCUGGGUGAAGACAGACAUGGCUGGGGCUUCCGGCUGCAGGACUCUAGAGGAGGGGGCUGACACCCCUGUGUACUUGGCCCUCCUGCCUCCCGAUGCCACCGAACCUCACGGCCAGCUAGUCCAUGACAAAGUGGUCACACAUUGGUGAAUGUCUUUUUUGGGCCUACUGAUUAAUAAACAUUUGUGGAAUGAA